AAAAAGGGGAAAUUAGAAGAAAAAAAAUUUUUAAAACUUCACAAACUUGCCUUAAUUAGAAAAAAAAAAUAAAAAAAGAAUUUCAACUCGACAAUUAUAAAACAUUAAAAGAAAUAAACCAAAACAAAAUGGCGUUGCUCGAGGCACGACCAUAUCGACCCUUCAAGUCGAGUGAAGAAUAUUUGGAAGCAAUGAAAGAAGAUUUAGCCGAAUGGAUGAACACACUUUAUCCGGAAUUAACAAUAAAUGCAGAAAAUUUUAUGGAUCGUUUGGAUACGGGUGUGGCAUUGUGCAAGCACGCUAACUAUGUACGCCAAGCCGCAGAGGAUUAUUUGGCCAGACGUCAGGCCCGCAACAAAUCAAUGACACGUUCGAUAACUUCCGGUUCGGCUGGUCCUAUAUUGGCCAUGGGCAAUGUACACUAUUUGCCAGGGGCAAAAAGCGGUACAUUCUUUGCUCGCGAUAAUGUAUCAAAUUUUAUAACUUGGUGCAGAAAAAGCCUUAAAAUUAUAGAGUGCCUAUUAUUCGAAACAGACGACCUCAUUAUGAGAAAAAACGAAAAACAUGUUAUUUUAUGCCUUUUAGAAGUGGCCAGAAGAGGAGCUAAAUUUGGUAUGCUUGCUCCCAUGUUAGUGCAAAUGGAACGACAGAUUGAUCGUGAAAUUGCAGCCGACAAUAAAGCCAAUGGUAUUGGUUGUGGUACACAAACCGAAAACGAUGGUAAUACAGAACAGACCGAUAUUGGAGUGGGUACGGAAACUGUGGGUACCGAGACAGAUAUCUUCGAUGAUAGUGAUACAGAAAAUGAUGAAGAUGAUGAUGAGGGUCCCAUGUUAAUGUAUGGACCACAACCACAAAUUAUAACCAAUGAUUUGAAGAGUUUAGACGAAAUGGUCCGUGAUUUGGUUGAAAAAUGUACUUGCCCCUCACAAUUUCCCAUGGUUCGUGUAUCCGAAGGCAAAUAUCGUAUUGGUGAUACCAAAGUUUUAAUAUUCGUUCGUAUUUUACGUUCACACGUCAUGGUGCGUGUUGGCGGUGGCUGGGAUACACUCUCUCACUAUUUGGAUAAACAUGAUCCUUGUCGUUGCAAGGCCCAACAUCGUUCUUCGGUGGCUGCACGUUUAAUACCGCGAGCCAAUCAACAAACAAAUGGUAUCGAACUACACAAGGCACAGGUGAUAUUUGAAAGAUCACCUCCCACUACACGCAAAACGAUUUCAAACAUCAAUUCAAACACUACCAACGCAAAUACCUCAUUAGCUACGGCUACACAACACUCUUCGUCUACCACAUCACUACUAUCGCCCGGGUAUGGAGGUCUUAAUAAAAAUCGCAGUCCUAGUCCUACAACCGCACAACGUCGUUACAAUAACAAUCAUCAAUCGGAUCACAAUUUAAAUAUGGAUAAAUUACAUCCAACACCCAACUCUUUGACUUCGCCCAAUUUGGCUAGACGUUCAAUGUCACCUAGUCCUAGACGUUUAAUUGAUAUGCGUAAGAAACAAUCAUCUUUGGAAUCUUAUGGAAAUAGUGGUCCCAAGUCUUUGCCCAUAACGGCUGAAAUAGUUAAUGGUGUUGGCGGUGAUUAUGGUGAUCAUGGUCAGAAUACGGAUGCAAGUGGAAAUAAUAAAUUUGAGAAUAUCAGUGAUAAUGGCAGUGAAAUUAGUGAUGAGGGUUAUCGCAGUUUGGGUGUUAUACAAUCGAAUGCUCAGAAGCGCGAAUCCCUACACAGUCAGGCUUCAACCGAUGACGCUGAAAAUAAUGCGCGUCAUGAUCAAACAUCAAGUGAUUCUCAACUUUCGCCCAGUGACGAAACAACAACAACAACCACAUCACAAAAAACACCCGAAAAUAUGGAAAAUAUUUAUACACAAAACGAUGACAUGCUAAUGACACACAUUGAUGACAUUGGGCCACAAUCAUUGCCAGCUGUUUUAAAUGUGGCUGCAAUAGCCGCCAACUCUUUGCAACAACAGCAACAGCAACAGCAGCAUCAGCAACAACAACAGCAAAUAACAAAUAAUAAAUUUGAACAAUCAGGUGUUUUUAUAACUGACGAUGAUAUAACCGUCGAUAUUGCCACAAAUACUGGCUUAAGGAAAACAGGAUUUUCCAAUAAAAUAUUUGGCCUUAACGAAGAUGAUGAAGGAGCUGAUGUAACCGACGCUAAAUUAGAAACAAAUAAAAAAACACAAAAACUAACAAAAAUGUCAACAGCAGCAAACAACACAGCAUUAUCCAAUAACAAUAAAAGUAAAAUACCAUUUUCACCCAUGACCACACCACAAAGAAGACGUAGCAUUGACAAUAGUACUUGCCGUACCGGAAGUUUACAGGAUUUGCACUCACGCACUGGUCUGCCAGUGUUUAGUCGUGCUAAGCCAGUUUAUAGAUCGGUAAGAAAACCACCUACAUCUAUAGGUGUAAUCACAGACACCAGAAAGAGCAAAUCACCAGCACCCUCAGUGAGCUCUCAAACGCCCGUAGCUCGUGAUGUUACAAAUACCUGGAGUGGUAGAUCUGUUAUGAAUGGUGGACGCAAACGUCCUACCUUGUCAAGUGAUACCUUUACUCCCCAAACAAAUGGAGCAGCAGCUUCACCCUUUGAACGCAAUUCUAAAACUAGAUCUUCGCAUAUUCUCUAUGAUAGCAAUGGACGACGCAUUAAAGGCUGUACUGCAUCCUUAACUACAUCACCUACAAAAAAUCAUGCCAAUUCACCCUUGGCCCAACAACUUUUAGAAGCGGCCAGCAGUGCUAAGAAUGAUGCCCAAAUAUUAGAGAAAAUGAAAACUUUACUUUUGCAAUAUUCCACAACCAACAAUAAGGUACAAACAACCUCUACACCACGUUCACAAAACGCCAAGAAACCCGAUUAUGAGGAUUUCACUACCGCUUGGGUGCACAGUAAUGGUAAUUUAGAACGUUCCAGUAGUUGUUCACCACCCACUAAGUCAUUGUCGAAACGUAGUUCGGCGGCCAGUUCAUGUGGCAGCACUAAUUCACGUGAUAUGUCUGUGGUCGUGUCACCACGUCGUGAACGUGGCAUGUCUAAGAUUCCAGCGCCUGUGCGCCAACAUACUGAACUUUACUAACAAAGAAUGUCACCACAGAUCCGCCGCAUAGUUGGAUGUGAAAGAUCUAGACCUAGAAAACCUUAGCAUUUAAGAAGACAAUUGUCGUCAUCUUCAUCAAAUUUGAAAUAUUAAGAAAAGGAUCUAAGUUAAGUCGAAAAAGUUGAGGAAGUUUUGAUACAUACUAUAGGAAAACAUUAAAGGAUUUAGAAAUAACAAUAUAGAAUGACUUAAACAGAUUAGUAGAUCAAUGAUGAAAUCAAUUAUUAGUUAUACCGUGUGAUUUAGUAAAUUUAUGAAAUAGGUAAAAGAAAAUUGAGCUGGAUUUUGUCAGGAAUUUAAGAUCAUAAAAGUCUUUAUAUUGUGAAUGCUAAAAUAAUACAUGGUUCAGACUAUGGAUAAUGAUAAAGACGGGCCUACAAACUAAGACUAGUUUAUGGUUCAGACUAUAAUAGACAAGCCUUAUCUAUACUUCAGAAUGUACGACUGUUGAUUAUUUAGAAUAUAGACUGGUUCAGGCUAUAUACUAACCUAUUAUUCAGACUACGGGAUAUAGACUUAUCUUUGGUUUUGACUAAAGACUUACUACCUAUAUAUAGGUUAUAUACUAGUAUAUGAUUCAGACUAUAAACUAGUUUAAGAUUCAGAUUAUGGACUAAUCCAUGGUUCAUAAUAUAGUGUUAUCUAUGAUUCAUAUAAUCUGUUUGUAUAUGGUUCAGAAUAUAGACUAACCUAUGGUUCAGGCUACAGCUUAUGAUUUAGAAUAUUGACUGGUCUAUUGUUCAGACUAUAGACUAUUUUAUUAUUUAGAUUAUGGACUAGUUCAUGGUUCAAAAUAUAGUCAAUCUAUGAUUGAGAUUAUACGUUUGUCUCUGGUUCAGAAUAUAGACUAUUCUAUGGCCCAGACUAUAGACUAAUCUAUAGUUUAAUCUAUGAAUCAGACUAUGAUUCAUAAUACACGCUUGUGUAUGGUUCAGAAUAUAGACUAACCUAUGGUUCAGGCUAUAGCUUAUGAUUUAGACUAUUGGUUGGUCUAUGGUUCAAGCUAUGACUAGUUUAUCGUUCAGACUAUAGAUAAGUUUAUUAUUCAGAUUAUGGACUAGUCAAUGGUUCGAACUAUAGUCAAUCUAUGAUUCAGAUUAUACGCUUGUCUAUGGUUUAGAAUAUAGACUAUUCCAUGGUUCAAUCUAUGAAUCAGACUAAUGACUGGUCUACGGUUCAAUCUAUAGACUUACUUGUUUAUGAUUCAGACAAUAGACUAGUACAAUCAAUGGUUCAACAUAUGGUUCAGACAAUGAACUUAUUAAUGGUUUACCGUUCAGACUAUAAACUAAUUUUCAUUCUAUUCAAAAAGCCUGUGAGAAAAUUUUCACUUCUUAAAUCUCAAAAUUUUGAUUUUCUAUAACUGACAAAAUCCAGCUUGAUUAAAACUCAACUCGAAUAAAGUUGUAGAGAAAAGAUUGAUAAAACCAGAUAAAACAAAAAUACCUAGAGAGACUGCCAUAGUAAUUUUUAUAAAAACAAAAUAAUAGCAACAAGUAUGAUAAUCUAAAGGAAAUUAUUUCUAAAAAAAAACAAAAACAUUUUUAAAAAAUCGCUACUCCCUAAAUAUCCUUUUUUAACCUAUAACCCUUAGCAUUUACACUUAAAAAAUUAGAUGUUUAUACUAAAUAAAAAUGAGAAAAAAUAAAAGCAAAACCUUACACUUAGCCA